GCAAUGGCCUUUUACCUGGAUGGACAUGCAGAUAUAGGGAGUGAUAUAAGUAUUCCGUGGAUGGUUAUUCUUUGUUCUCCCUGUCUGGUGUGAGGUUACUCAUUUCCCACCGGGGGUGGUAUGAACAUAGAUGACGUGGGACACAUCCUUCUUCGAUAUACCUCAAAACUCCCAUUGUACAGAGAAUAUGGACGACAAAGACUCUAUGAUGUAUUUAGAGGAGUACCAGCCGCGAGGGCAUGACAUUGAUGCCUCCGAAGACGAGUCCAAUUAUCGGUUGAAUAUCUACGAACGAUUACAUUUGACCAGGCUAGCCACUGAGAUGAUUUUGUCGAGUUCAUAUGGAGCGCCCAGCGAGGGAUCGGAUUCUGCCCCACAAUCCAGCUCAUUGCGCACUGGUGACAGGAUGAUAAUAAUUGAAGCAGGUGUAGAGACUACGGUCCCCAUACUGAAAUCAGCAAAUUGUGGAAUCGGCAAAAGUUUUAUAGUGCAGCAACUCGCCGCUUACCAUAGAAUCUACGUCGUGUACACGAGUCUGGCUCGUGGAAAUUUGGCAUCGAUCACCAGUGGCAGACAAGACUCCGCGUGACGUGUCAAUGGAUUCUUUGGAGACUGAUAGACCAUACCGAGACGAGCAUGAACUCUGCUCAGAUUGGGCUACGCUUUGGGUCUACGUCCCGCUGUGAAUGUCGAUGAUGUUGAUCGAAUUAUUACGUUUGACGAAGAUCAUGAGACAUUGACGGUAAGCCGUUUACUGGAUCAGAACAAGGCCCGGAGUUUUGACCCUGCGGAUGCCAAUAUGAGGUAAGCUCUCACAAUCCUAGCUAUUAGGGCUACAAUCUCGG